AUGAAGACGGCCAUCGAAAAAUGGAGUUUUGCGCCAAAGAAACGGCCAAGGAUCAACUCCAGUACCGAUCACAAUUGUACAGUACUCUACGGGCAGAAGAGGAACGCUCUCGAGCGCGGCGAUGAACUGACUGAGAAAAGACCAGAUACAGGGCUGCGAUAG